UAAAUACGACAAAAUCGUCCAUUGUUUUACCCUUCCUCUUUCUCCGCCAUUUUCACUCUUAACUGUCUGAUCUCCUUUUCUUUUUUCGUAUCCUCUAAACUUCUGCAACGAAAACCAUGGAAGAUCAAGAACAAAUAGUUCUUUGUAACUUAACAGAAAAAGAAAACGUUUCGACCCAGAUUGACGAGGAUACUUUUCCUAGUCUUGAUCAAGUUGAAGACAUCAUUAGUUAUAAAUUCAACAACAAGGGCUUAUUAGAAGAAGCUUUUACGCAUUCUUCUUAUUGCGAAAAGCUUUCUUAUGAACGUUUAGAAUACGUGGGGGACUCCGCGCUUAACUUACUGUUCACCAAGGAACAGUACUUUAUGUAUCCGGGUUUGCCACCCGGGUCGUUGACCCUCCUCCGUUCAGCCAAUGUUGACACAGAGAAGCUUGCCCGGGUGGCCAUUAAACUAGGGUUGCAUAAAUUUUUACGCCACAAAAAACCUCUUCUUGAAGAACAAGUUCAAGAAUUCUCGAAAGCAAUAUUAAAUUUUCCAUUACAUUCGAAUGGCCUGAUAGACGUGCCAAAAGACCUGGCAGAUAUAAUUGAAUCAACGGUCGGGGCUGUUUUCAUUGACAGCCAUUGCUCAAUUGACACCGUUUGGAAGGUGUUCAAGCUUUUGUUGGAGCCUUUCAUCAGUUUGGAAACAUUGAAGAAGCACCCUAGGACUGAAUUAAACGAGGUGUGCCAGAAGCAUAAGAUGAAACUAGAUUUUGUUGAUGUUUGGAGUAUGAGCAAAGGAAUUGAUGUUUUCGUAGAUGAUCGGCUUAUGGGAAGAGGGACAUGUGCUCUCAAGAAGGACAUAGCACAAAAUAGAGCUGCAAGCGAUGCAUUAAACAAUAUUGAAAAGAUGCUAAAUGAGAAACUUGACCAUCAAGAUCUUCAAUCUCUGGGCCAAACUUCAAGUUUUGGUACUUGAUUUUACUUCAAUAAAUAAUUAGCUUUGAAUCAUUACAUUCUUGUAGUUUCAGCCACAUGAAAUCACAAAAUCCAAAUUUAACA